UGUUAAAGCAGCGCGUCCCCUCAGGUCACUGCAGCUGCGCAUGCGCACUAUGUAGUGUAAUAGUGUGCGGAUUGGGACGCGGCCUGUGACUAAAACUGCGUGCAGAGCACAAGGUCUAUGCAGGUGAGGUGGGCACUGAUAUCGGCUCUAACAUCACUUCGCCCGUCAGAUUCACUCAGACGAUUCAGACACAUUCACGUCACCAGACGGUUUGAGGCGAUGGAGAAGGAGGCCGUGUCCCCUGACAGUUCAGCUGGGUGUGGACAGAGACUUGGAGAGACGGUUGUGAAGGAGGGGAAGGCGUCAGUGCUGUUUCCUGGAGCUAACGAGGUCUUCUACAACCCAGUCCAGGAGUUUAACAGGGAUCUAACGUGUGCAGUGAUUACUGAGUUUGCACGAGAGACACUGGCUCAGAGAGGAGUGCGCAUCAUUGUUCCUGGAGAAAAGGACAGAAUGGUUGUGUCCCUGACUGAAGAGGAGAAGGAUGAGAAAGAGACAGAACAGGCAGAGGAGAAGAAAGGAGAGAGAAGGGGAGAAACAGUGCAGGAGGAGAGAAAGGAGGCGGAGUUUAAGACAGCAGAGGUUGGUAAGCGCUGUGACGAGGGCCUGUGUGUGCUGGAGGGAUUGGCAGCGUCUGGACUGCGCUCAGUCCGAUUCGCUCUCGAGGUGCCGGGAUUAAAACGUGUCACAGCCAAUGACUUCUCAGCUAAAGCUGCUGACCUCAUCACACGCAACACACAACACAACAACGUCACAGACCUGAUGGAGACCCAGAACAGAGACGCCAGUAUGCUGAUGUACGAGGCGAGAGGGAAGAACGCACGAUAUGAUGUCAUUGAUUUGGAUCCAUAUGGAAGCCCCGCCCCUUUCCUAGAUGCAGCAGUUCAGGCUGUUAGUGAAGGAGGUCUGCUGUGUAUCACCUGUACAGACAUGGCUGUGAUGGCGGGAAACAGCGGUGAGACGUGCUACAGCAAGUACGGCUCCAUCUCCGUCAAAUCCAAAUACUGUCAUGAGAUGGCCCUGAGAAUCAUCUUACACAGUCUGGAUCAGCAUGCUAAUGUGUACCAGCGCUACAUCCAGCCCUUACUGAGCGUCAGUGUUGAUUUCUACAUCCGAGUAUUUGUCCGAGUCAGAACAGGCCAGGCUACUGUAAAGAACUCAGCCAGUAAGCAGGCGUUGGUGUAUAACUGUGUUGGCUGUGGAACGUUUCACUUGCAGAGAAUGGGCAAGAGAACCAGCCAGGGGAAAAAUAUGAAGUACUCAGCUGCUACAGGACCACCUGUUGGAGAAUCGUGUCCACACUGCGGUCAGAGACAUCAGCUCGGAGGUCCGAUCUGGGCGGAGCCUAUACACGAUGUCGGGUUUGUUCAGAAAGUUCUGAGUGCGGUGGCGGGGAACCCGUCUCGCUUCGGGACGUCUAAGCGCAUCGAGGGAGUUCUCAGCAUGGUCACUGAGGAGCUACAGGAUGUUCCUCUGUACUAUGUUCUAGAUCAGCUGAGCAGCACCAUCCACUGUAACACACCCUCCAUGCUGCAGUUCAGGUCAGCUGUGUUGAAUGCAGGUUACAGAGUGUCUCUGUCUCACGCCUGUAAGAAUGCACUGAAGACUGAUGCUCCUGCUGCAGUCCUGUGGGACAUCAUGCGCUGCUGGGAGAAAAAGAACCCAGUGAAGAGGGAGAGGUUAUCAGAGACAAGUCCAGCAUUCCGUAUUCUCUCCACAGAACCCACUGUUCAGGCGUGUUUUGAUGUGAGAGACGACGCAAAUCCUCAGUCACGUAAACGCCACCUCACACGUUUCCAGGAGAACCCACAGGCUAACUGGGGUCCUAAAGCGCGUGCUAAAUCUGGUGGUGGUAUAACCUCAGAGCUGGAGGAUAAGAGGAAGCUGUUUCAGGGGAAAAGGAAGAACCAGAUCACAGAUUCCUCUCAGCUUAAAAACUUCCCCUGCAAAAAAUUCCGCAAGGGCACCUGCACACACGGAGAGAAGUGCUGUUACUCCCAUGAGGCCGAGCAGCAGGAGCCUUGAGCAAGAGAGCAGACGGUGUGAUGAUGAUGAUGAUGAUGAUCCUCAGAGCUUUACAGAUGUCAGAUCAUCAUGAGGUCCAUCACUCAUAUGUUCCUCGUGUCCUGACGUGGUCACAUGGUGAUGCAGCACACAGCUGAUUUGUUAGUGGACAGACAGGAGCACUGACUUAAAGGAAAAUCUUUUGUUGUUGUUGAUUUUAAGUUUUUUUUAGGAGAUGAAAUGUUAAGGUGAGUCAUCAGUCAUCUCCAUGGAUCGUCUUCUGCUCCUUUACACAGUCAUCAUGUUUCAGCUGGAGUUGUGGGAUGUUAUUUUACUGUAUUAUUUUUGCCUGAUGAAUAAACUCUCAGCACAGAGCUGCUGCUGCUGCAGUGA